AUGCUGGACACACGCUCUUUGGCUUCGGUCACUCAGACAACUUCUAGUAUUGUCUCUUCAAUCCUUGUAUCUACAUUUGAUAUUUCCUCUUCUCUGACCAUGUCAGAAAAUUUCCAAAAUCCGUCUUUGCUUGGAACUCCAAAUUCUUUGGAGCUCUCUCUGCCGGUGGUGAGCAGUGCAGCUCCCUUGACAGGCAAUGUCUGCAGCCUCUCCAGAGUUUCUGCUCCAGCCGUCAGCUCGGCAUGGCUACUGCCAUCAGCCCCUAGCACCUCUUUCCAACCACUCAUGAGUAGUGGUUACCUUUACCAACAUUCUAGCACAACUAUGUUGUCUGGAGUUUCUGGCCAGAGCCAGAUCUCCACUUCAUCUGCCUCCUACCCGGGUAUUAUUGAAUGGGAUGUCACCAGAAGCACUGAAAUGAAGUCAUCUUUACUCAGGGAACUCACAGUCACUGUCAUUGACCAGGACGCAGCUAUUUCCUCCAGGCCCAUGGCAGUUCAAUACGAUAAACCUUCAGAUACCAAUUCCAUGGUCCCUCUGUAUCCAUCACUGUCUGCUAGCCUUGUUCAGGGAACACCAAAUCAGGGACAUAGCUUGUCACUUCCCUACCAGGAAGGGAGCCAGGUAUAUUACUAUAAUCAAGGCACACUGGGGUCCCUUGUCUCUGGAGAACUUGGCCCCUGCCUGCAAUCCUAUGGCUCUGUGACAUACACGGGAGGCAGGGGCUCUGCCCCUCAACCAGAAAUGGUGAUGGUACUAAAGGAGGUUCAGCCCACAGAUGCCCUACUGCCAGCCUCCACCUCGGGAAGUUACUACUCCGUGUCCACUCAACCUAUCACAGAAACAAGUUUUCAAGUGACAGAAACUUCCCUGGGGAUGGAGACUUCUGUGAGAUUCCAACCUCCAAGUCAGACAUUUUGCCUGCCACAAACUCCAGAAUUCCUCAAAUCCUGCAGUAGCAGAAAUAUCCAGAUAUUUGAGAGCAACCCACCAUCUGAGCUUGGGGACACUCCAGUGAUAACUACAGGAGAGAGUUCUAGUAACCUCCUUGCACUGCCUCCAGCUCCCAGCCAGGAACGCACAGAGAAUAAGAAUUUUGAUGAGAUUGAAAGUGAGCUUCUGAAACCUCUGGAUGCCUACCAGAUCCCAAUAGAUCACCAAGAUCCUCCAUUACUCCCUUUAGAAAUCCCUGAUAUCCACCAAUUUCUGGCCUGUAUUGAUCCCUUCAGUCAAGAGGAGCAGUGUGGUUCUGAAAACGCUGAUCUGGGAAAGAACCACCUAAGUCUUGAGGUCCAAGGGACAAGUGAAAAUGGGAUUGAAUCUAGCAGUGGUUUUGCAGAUAUCACCACACUGGUGAAGGAUAUUCACCUUCCUCAGCUCUUCAAGUCCUUGGAAGACCCUGAUCAGUCCAAAGGUUCCAAAGUCAAAGAUACCAAAUCCAUCAUGGUGAAUCAGGGGCAGGAAAAGUCAAGCGUGAUAAAGGGUUCCUCUGAUCAAGUCAGAAAGAACAAACACAAAACCUCUGAGCCUAUCACUGGUGCGCCCAAGGCCAAAAUCCCAGCAAAAAACCCAGAGGGAGAUGUGGUUGUUGGCAAUGCAGAAGCCAGUGGUACGGCUCCUGUGAGUACUGCCAAGCAUUCUAACAACAAACCUCAGAAAGCUGCAGCCAGCAGGAUCAGCAAAACUAAGGGCCCUGGACAAGAAAAGGCCAAAAGGACCAGAGAAAGCAACCCCAAGAAAGCUGAAGACAGCAAGCACUCAGGUAACAAAGUCAAGGCAGAGGACAAGCCAACCAUUCCCAAGAUGAAGCGGAAGAAAAAUCAGCCUGAUCUUAGCCAAGUGGCCUUUAAAAAGCCUCGAAGCUGCCUGGGUAUGCACAUGCUGGAGUCCGUGCAGGUUUUUCAUGCACUAGGGAAGAAAAAUGAUAAGAAAACGGGACUUCCUUCCUCCCGGGCCAUGGGAAACUCAAGUAACACCAAAGACCCGCGGCCAUCCCCAGCUAUCAAACCAUGGCUGGAUAAGGAAAAACGUCCUGAGAAAACAGAAGUCAAAGCCCAGAAACCAGAUGGCGGUGCUGAGAAUCAGUAUGAGCUGCCACCUCCUGGGAAGGUCAAGUUAGUACCUUUGCCUUUUCUGACCUCGGACAAGCCUCAACCUCGACCAGUUCCUCGGAGGCCACAGUCUCUGGCCUCACAUCGGCCUUCUGGGGCUUACCCUCCGCGGCCUGGUUCUGUUAACUCAACUCAACCAACUGCCAUCAAUCCAUCUCGGCCAGCUCCCGCCAGUGCCUCGUGCAUGGGUCCUACCAGACCAGCUCAGCCAAUUUCAACCAGUCAAGCCCGACCAGGUGUGACCAACCCUGCCCGGCCUAGUAUUUUUCAGUCUGUUGCUUCUAGGCCUGCACCUUACAAAAAGUCACCUUGCACUUCUUUCCAGCGGGAGCCUGCCCCCGCUACUGUGACCAAGCCGCAGUCCCCACCUAAGGCUCAAAACCAGUAUCUACUCGAAGACUUCGGCUUCCAGCCAAUUCCAUGGAGGAAACCCAAUGUUCCUGAGCCAGUGAUGUCAACGCCCAUUACAGAAGAGCAGAGACCCGAGCGUGAGGCCAUGAAGAGGAAGGCUCAACGAGAGCGUGAGAAUGCCGCCAAAUACACCUCUUUGGGGAAAGUGCAGUUUUUCGUUCAGAGGGAGAAAGACAUGGAAAUUGCUCAAUACUAUGGUUAUGCAAUGUGA